AUGCUGCCAGCCUUGGGCAGCUCGGCUUACCGCCAUGCCCCCGCUCUCUUCGGCGUCCGCAGCGUCAGCCCGCGCCUCUCAGGUAUCCCCGGAGCCCAGAUCUCGAUUCCCUGGCGGGUGUCCGGCGCUAACCGAGUGGCGGUGACCGCGUGGCUACGCUGCAGGGGAGAAGCCGGUGAGGGUGCAGGAGGAAGUCAUGCCCAUCGCCACGGGGCUGGGGCGGUAGGAGCUGGAUGCCGAGCCCCAAGUGAGCCGGUCCGGUCCUUUCUCGGGGCUCCGUUGGGGGGCUUUGGAGUGGAGGCGCUGGGCCGCGUCCGCGAGGGCGCGGCCAUUAUCCGCACCAGGGGGAGGCCGGCGCGAGCAGCGUCGUCGAGCUGUGCGGCCGGCACGGGCGUUCUGUCAGGAGCGACGGACGUGCGUGCGCUCCGCCUCCGCGGCAUGGGCGACGACGGGGUCUUCGCCUACGCUACACCCUCCACGCUCAUGAUGCAGUGUCUGCGAGACUGA